AUGUACAACCCACUGAUAGAGCCGAUAGGCAGCUUGGGCUUAGAGAACCAGAAUGACACCCCUGAAUCAUCCACAGUGACUUCUGACUCUAAAGCCCCUAUUGAAGGUUGGAUCUUCCUGGUGCUGGAGGACCUGGGACACUGCGGAAAGAACUUCAGGUGGAGUAGCAACCUUACUUUGCAUCAAAGAACUCACACAGGGGACAAACCUUAUGCAUGCUUGGAGUGUGGAAAGAGCUUCAGUCAGAGUAGCCAGCUUACUUCGCAUCACAGAACUCAUACAGGGGACAAACCUUAUAAAUGCUGGGAGUGUGGGAAAAGCUUCAGUGACAGGAGCACCCUUACUUCGCAUCAAAGAACUCACACAGGGGACAAACCGUAUAAAUGCUUGGAGUGUGGAAAAGGCUUCAGUCAGAGUAGCUACCUUACUUCACAUCACAGAACUCACACAGGGGACAAACCAUAUAAAUGCUUGGAGUGUGGAAAAGGCUUCAGUCACAUUAGGAACUUUAACACACAUCAAAGAACUCACACAAGGGACAAACCUUAUAAAUGCUUGCAGUGUGGAAAGACCUUCAGGUGGAGAAGCCACCUUUCUUCGCAUCAAAGAACUCACACAGGGGACAAACCUUAUAAAUGCUUCGAGUGUGGAAAGAGCUUCAGGUGGAGUGGCAACCUUACUUCGCAUCACAGAACUCAUACAGGGGACAAACCUUAUAAAUGCUUGGAGUGUGGAAAGAGCUUCAGUCAGAGUAGCCAGCUUACUUUGCAUCACAGAACUCAUACAGGGGACAAACCUUAUGCAUGCUUGGAGUGUGGAAAGUGCUUCAGUCGGAGUGGCAACCUUACUUCGCAUCACAGAACUCAUACAGGGGACAAACCUUAUAAAUGCUUGGAUUGAGGAAAGAGCUUCAGGUGCACUGGCCACCUUUCUUCACAUCAAACAACUCACACGGGACAAACCUUAUAAAUGUUUGGAGUGUGGAAGGAGCUUCAGUGACAGUAGCACCCUUACUUCUCAUCACAAAACUCAUACAGGGGAGAAACCUGAUAAAUGCUUGGAGUGUGGAAAGAGAUUUAGUCAGAGUAGCAACCUUACUUCACAUGAAAGAAGUCACAGUGGAGACAGACCUUAUCAAUGCCUGGAGUUUGGAAAGAGCUUCAGUAAGAGUAGCUCCCUUACUUCUCAUCAAAGAGGUUGCACACCGGACUUACUUUAUAAAUGCUUUGAGUACGAAAGAGCUUCAGGUGGAGUAGCAACCUUACUUUGCAUCUAAGAUGUCACACGGGACAAACCUUAUCAAUGCUUGGAGUGUGGAAAAAGCUUUGGGUAGAGUAGUGCCUUUACUCAACAUCAAAUAACUCACACAGGGCACAAACCUUAUAAAUGCUUCGAGUGUGGAAAGAGCUUCAGUCAGAGUAGCCACCUUACUUUGCAUCACAGAAUGCAUACAGGGGACAAACCUUAUGCAUGUUAUUAAAAACAGUGCUAUUAAAUAUACAUGUAACUGGCCAAUUGCCAAGAAAAUCCAACACGGUCACAUUUGACUUCAAAAGAGGAAACUUCACAAAAAUGAGGGGAUUGGUAAAAAGAAAGCUGAAAAACAAAGUCCAGAGGGUCACAUCACUCGAAAAUGCUUGGAAGUUGUUUAAAAACACUAUAUUAGAAGCUCAACUGGAGUGCAUACUGCAGAUCAGAAAAGAUAAAAUAAAAUAAGACCAGCUUUCGAAUCCCCACCCAGCCAUGAAGCUCCCUGGGUGACCUUGGGCCAGUCACUGCCUCUCAGCCUGAGAGGGAGGCAAUGGUGAACCCCCUCUGAACACCGCUUGCCAGGAAAACCCUAUUUGUAGCAUCACCAGAAGUCGGAAUCAACUUGAAGGCAGUCCAUUUCAUUUUUCAUUUCAUACAUCUUUAUUUUAAAUCGCUCCUUCAUCAACAGUGGUGUGCCCUAGAAAUCCGGUGGAACUGGGGGACCCCAACAUCCUCAUCUGCUCCGUGGACCGGUUCUCU